UCAAGACUUGAAGAGCUCGACCCAUUGAUGUUCGCGGACUUCCAAUGGAUGCCCGUUCCCUUGACCGGACGAUUGCCGAAACCGCAUUGCAACGUGCUCAUGGCACAACUGCGGGAUUACUUGCACACUGCAGUACUGACUCCGUUGAUGGACGUCGGAGUAGAGGUUGUCGACCUUCACGCCUACAUUGCGAAGAUCGACCGCGAGUUCAAGACGCAACGGUACGACGACAUCAACACACCAUUGCUAUAUGUACGCAUUCAGAUCGGAGAGGCGACCUGCAACGCUUUGGUCGAUUGCGGAGCAUCUCACAACUACAUCAGCCAGGACUUCAUGGUGCGUGCCGGCCUUGGCCCACGCGUCCGAAGGAAGCCCCAGCCCAUGCAAGUCACGUUGGCGGACGGUCACACGCACAAGUCAAUCGACCAGUGCAUUGAUGACGUCCCAGUGUACUUUGCCCCUCACUCAAGUGAGGCGGUAUCCUUUGACAUUCUGGACACCAAAUUUGACAUGAUCUUGGGCAUGUCAUGGCUGCGAAGCGAGGAUCACCCGGUGAACGGUGAUCAAAACGGAAUACUAGUCCCAUGCACGGUGCCUCUUCCUCAUCCUUCGAUCAGCUGCCACGUGGUAUCCGCCGCAAGCAUGCGAGCUUCCAUCAUCAGAGACGACAUCGAGGAGAUGGGGGUGUGUUUUCUCCACGCCCUCCCGCCCCAUGACGCUUCAUCGACGGACUCAUCUUCGGAUCCACGCAUCACCGAACUUCUCGACGCCUACAGCGACGUGUUCGAAGGCCCGCACACAGUAGUACCGGAUCGGCCCAUCCGCCACGAGAUCAUCCUCGAGGACGGGGCCGUACCUCCGCGCGGUUGCAUCUACCGAAUGAGCGAGGAAGAGUUAAGUGUGCUUCGGGCACAACUCGACGACCUUCUGGAGAAAGGCUGGAUUCGGCCUAGCUCACAACCAUACGGUGCUCCUGUUCUCUUCGUCCGGAAGAAGAACAAGGAUUUGCGCUUGUGCAUCGAUUAUCGCAAGCUCAACGCGCAGACGAUCAGAAACGUCGGCCCUCUCCCACGCAUCGACGAUCUUCUCGAGCGACUGGGCGGCGCCAAGUUCUUCUCCAACCUUGAUCUCAAGUCGGGAUAUCACCAACUCGAAAUUCGCAAGGAGGACCGUUACAAGACCGCGUUUAAGACGCAAUAUGGGCAUUUAGAAUGGCUGGUUAUGCCAUUUGGCCUCACGAAUGCCCCGACCACUUUCCAAGCGGCUAUGACAAUGGAGUUCCGACACAUGCUGGAUCGAUACGUACUUAUCUACCUCGACGACAUCCUGGUGUACAGCCAGAGUUUGGAGGAGCACGUGGAACACCUGCGCACCGUUUUGGAGCGGCUACAACGGGCCAAGUACAAAGCCAACCGCGACAAGUGCGAAUUCGCGCGGCAGGAGCUGGAGUACUUGGGACAUUAUGUGACGUCGCAAGGCAUCUGUCCGCUUGUGGACAAGAUCGAGGCCCUACGAGUAUGGCCCGAGCACACCAACACCACGGAUGUUCGUUCAUUCAUGGGAUUGGUGGGCUACUAUCAGCGAUUCAUCAUCGUAUACUCGAGGAUUGCUGCACCUAUGACGAGAUUACAAUCGCCAAAGGUGCCAUUCGUAUUUGAUGACGACUCACGCCGGUCAUUCCAAGCACUUAAAACGGCUAUGCUCAUGGCACCCGUCCUUAGCAUCUAUGACCCCACCCUGCCGACGAGAGUGACUACGGACGCUUCCGGCUAUGGCAUUGGGGCAGUCUUGGAACAGCACGACGGCGACGACUGGCACCCUGUGGAGUAUUUCAGCCACAAAGUGCCUCCCAUCAACUCGCUUGAUGAUGCAAGGAAGAAGGAGCUGCUCGCAUUCGUGAUGGCUCUCAAGCGUUGGCGGCACUUCCUCCUUGGGCGUCGUAGGUUCACAUGGGUUACGGACAACAAUCCAUUGACCUACUACAAGACGCAAGAUACGGAGUCCGGCACGAAGAUGAAGCCAAGUUCGGCUCGGCAUCCACAGACAGACGGGCAGACGGAGAGGGCACAUCAAACCGCUCAAAUGAUGCUUCGUACGCUCAUCCGUCCGGACCAGAAAGAUUGGGUUGACCGCCUCCCCGACAUCGAGUUCGCCUACAACACUUCGAUGCACCCGGCGAUCGGCGUGACUCCAUUCGAGUUGCACCACGGUGGACGGAAAGGCCGUAUCUUCGCCGACCUUCUCCUCCCUCGACCAGCCGACAUUGACGAUGCUUGCUCUCCCGCUUCCGUCCGGAAGUACAAGGAAUUGUUGACUCAAGCCCGCGCGAACAUGCAAAAGGCUCAAGUCCGCAUGCAGCAGCAAGCCAACAGGCGUCGCGUACCAUGUCCCAUCCGCGCCGGUGCUCUGGUUUGGGUCUCCGCGGAAGAGUUUGCACUGGAACAGGAUGUUUCACGCAAACUGCUUCCCAAGUGGUUUGGACCAUCGUCUGUGACAUCAGCCGCGGGCGAUGAGCCCGAUGGCCCUUCAUUUGUGAUCAACAUUCCCGAGCAUCUGACGGUCCAUCCAGUCUUUCACGCAUCGAAGCUGGCAACAUAUACACCAGCUAAGAGCGACGACUUCCCGGGCCGACGAUCGCAGGACCCUCCAUCUAUGGAUGGUCAUCAGGAGGUUGACCGCGUCAUCUCGGAUCGCAAGUAUGGCAGCAAGCCGCGACAGUACAAAGUUACAUUCAGAGCAUGCGAUCCCGACGACACUCGGUGGAUUUCAGGAGCAGAUUUGAAAGCAUCCACACCGCUGAUCUACACUCACUACGAGUGUCAAAGGUUAGCCAAGGGACCUCCACGACCUGCCCCUCCCACCUGGACUGUGGUCCCUCCCUCAGACAGACAACUUCGCCCUCGCAGGUAAGCUCGGUCUUUCAAGGAGGGGGGGGUGUGGCAUACUGCGUAGCCACACUGACCCUGCAGGGCCCGUCCCGCACUUUCAGCCUAAAAGCCUAAAAC